UUUGUGUUUCAUUUUCACUCCUAACCCAUCUGACAAAAAAAAAAAAAAAAAAGAUUUACAAAAGGAGUUGUUUGCAACUGGCCCCAUUCCCUUAAAAUGGCUAUUUCUUGUCAUAGAUGUUCCGGUAAUUAACUGAUCUUCUCCGGAAAUAAAAAUGGUUGGUAAUUAUAGUCAAAGAUGAGGUUAGGUGUACAUCAGUGGCUUGAUGUUUGAGGUUCACGGGUCAGACGUAUGACUCAUCAUGCUGACGUUCUCAGGUGGACGGAGCUAGCGUUUCGUUUGCAUUGCCUUCGGAGGUGCUUUGGGGUCGUGUCCCAUGACAUCUACAGCAUCUCAUGUACAACGUCUCAUCUAAAACAUCUCAUGCAUUUAGAACGGAUUUGUGUCAUUGCUAUGAGAGCUUAUAAACGGUUGAGAUGCUCCUUCUUCUGUUACUUGAGAAGAGUCGCUCACCAUAUACUCCUGUCUCAAAUCAAGUCCUGCUUCCAGCCACAAUGGUCAGAGAUCGGAUCUUUCUUCUAACCGUAACCUGCUCCGUCUUAAUGCUGCUAGUUAGCUGUGAUGACGUUCUAGAGAUCCGCUCGCCAGAAGAUGACAUGAAGGCUCAAGAGGAGAAAGAACUGAUCGAGGCUCUUCAAGAAGUGCUUGAAAAACUGAGAAACAAACAGAUUCCCACUGCAGAGAAGAAGUUCGGUUGGGUCCCCUCGUGUGAUGCAGGUGAGCAGUGUGCGGUUCGUAAAGGCGCUCGCUUCGGGAAGCUGUGCAGCUGUCCUGGAGGAACCACCUGCAGCUUCUCCAUCCUCAAGUGUUUGUGAAAGCAUGCCUCGUUCUGUCAUCAUCCAGCGAGUGUUUCAUCGUCCUGUUAGAGAUGUUCGUUGUUUCCCAUCAGUUGUAAUGUUUUAUUAAUGCACACAUUCAAUAAAUGCAUGCAUUUUUGUA